AUCGAUAUUAAACAGGUGCGUCUUCAGGAAAAAGCGGACCAUCCUCCAAAACGGCACUGCAAGUCGAAUAAACGCUCAGACGAUUCAUAUUCUUAUGAGGCCACAAUAAUGGCUAACGAUGUACAAAAGAAGAAGAAGAAGGUGAAGGUCGUCGGAGGAGGAGCAGGAGCAGGAGCAGGAGGGGAGAAGAAAGCAAAGAAAAGGGGCAAGAGGAGAGAGACUUACGCGAUGUACAUCUACAAAGUUUUGAAGCAGGUCCACCCCGACACUGGCAUCUCGAGCAAAGCCAUGAGCAUCAUGAACUCCUUCGUGAACGACCUCUUCGAGCGCAUCGCCACGGAGGCGUCGCGCCUGGCGCAGUACAACCAGCGCUCAACCAUCACCAGCCGGGAGGUGCAGACCGCCGUGAGGCUGCUGCUGCCCGGGGAGCUGGCAAAGCACGCCGUGUCCGAGGGGACCAAGGCGGUCACUAAAUACACCAGCUCCAAAUGAAACGAGGGGACUUUAUUUUACAUAUUUUGAUAUGUAGCCUCCUAAAAGAAGGGAACGUUAACCGGAUUUUUGUAUUUUGGUUUAAUUGUUUUGUUGGAAUAAAUUAAUGCACAUUCA